UGACAGAAAAAAGAGAAUUACCAACAAGACAUAACUUUUUAACAGAAGCUAACAAACAACUCAAGAUCUAUGGAUCAAUGCUAAAUCAACUAUUUUAAUCACAUCUCAUUUACUUGACAACUAUACAUAUUAUUCACCACCUACUACAAUACAGUCACCCGAUUUAACCAAGAUUAAUGAUAAGCCACCACCACAAGUUCGUUUAAUUAAACCUAUUACAAAAAGAAAACAUCCAACAAAGGAAAUGAUAACUGAAGAUUAUUAUUUAAAAAGACAUCGAAGACAUGAAUUAGAAGAAAAGAAACAAAAGAAUAGGGAAAAAGAAUGUUUAAGACAUGGUUAUUAUCAACAAAAACAGUUAGUUGAACGUAUCAAGACAAUGGAUAAAUCUUUAUUACAAUCCAUAGUUUCUUCUAUUUUACAUCGUAAUAGUCUUAGUUUAACAUCACAACAACAAGUAAUCGAUGAUCACUAUUUAGAACAAAUUCAUGAACAAUUACUUCAAAAUGCAGUUGAUCAUCUUGCAAGAUAUGAGGCAUUAGGAUUCAAAGAUCAUGAACCUAUCCUUGUAAAGCAGCAGCAGCAACAGCAACAACCUAUUCUAUCACAACAAUUAGAGUCAAAAGAAAAGAAGGAGAUAGAAAAGUCAAGUCCAACUAAAAGAAAGGAAAUCAAGACAUUUGGUGGCUAUAGAACAUUAAAAAGUCAACAAGGGAAUCGACGUUCUAGUCGACGUUUAAUUGCAUUUGGACAAAGAUUACCCUUAUUUGAAACACAAGAAUUUCAAUUGCCUUUAUCUAUUAUAAAAGAGAAAAAAAAGAAAUAACCAUCAUGUAAUUUUAUUUAAAAAACAAAACAAAUCAACACACGUCACGUCACGUCAUUCAAGAUAAGAGUGGUGUUGUUUCGGCUAGAAUAGUUGAUUUUACAGUUGAAAAUACUCCAUUAAAAAUAAAGACACCUAAUAUUAAU